AUGACUUUAACAGAAUCAACCCAGAUCUUACAAUCUCCUUUAAUCCUUAUGGCAUCUAGCCAAGAGAAGGAUAUAGCAAGGGAGGAAGGGCCCACUGCACCUAAUGAGGUGGUGAACAAUGCUGCUGAGAUUGACCUCAAUCAAGAUGAGGCAAUGGCUGACCUUGAGUUGGAUGAUAUUGAGAACUUGGAUCUGGACCUUAGAGAUGAGCAUAACCAUGGUAAAGCUGAGAACCAUGGUGAAGAUGAGAACCAUGGUGAAGUUGACAGCCUUGGGGAAGAGGAUAACACCGGUGGAAAGGAGGCCACUAGUGAUGAAAAUGACUUCACUGAGGGUGAAGGCAUGACUUAUCCUAUCUCCGAGGAGAUUGUCCAACUCCAGGCUAAAGUGGCAACUCAGAAUAUCACCAUCCUGCAGCAGCAGACGUCAAUUGAUGGACUCAAGAAGCACACUCAGGACCUCGAGGCUAGGCUGAGCAUUACCAUGAAGGAGGCUCGCGUUACUGCACCCACUCGUGCAUUGGACGAGGUGGCCCGCAGGGUAGUGUAUGGUGAUAAGAAGCAGGCGCAGGGACCAUUUGGGUGGCCGGAGUUCUGCACCGUGCUGAAAGAUGCAUUCAUGGUCAAGAAGUCCAACAUCGAACUGCGCGGACGCCUUGAGAGUAUCAAGUGUCAUGACCGUUCGGUGCAGAAAUAUGCGGUCGAGUUUGAGGCCGCAGUACGCUCGCUCCAGAAGCCCUUGUCUGAGGAGGAGAUGAUGCACGUCUUCAUGAAAGGCCUCCCUGUCAACCUGCAAGAGGCACACAUGACCGGCGGCAUGACCAAUUGGACGACUUACAAGGAGAUGAAGGAGCAGAUGAUCAAAACUAACACCAUCAUUCGUACAUACAUCCAUGGUCCUGCAAAACCAGACCAGCAGCCCUGA